AGCCGCAGCAAAACAAAAACGACACGCCGGCGUUAUCUGCCUCGUUCUUCAGCGUCAACACAAGCUGCCAAAGAGAGUUUGUGUCCAGACAUGCACUGUCUAAGAGCUCUGCGUCUGUCCAGCUCUGUCCAACUGAUCGUCAAACACACAGAUGCGACCAGGAAGGUUUUCAUCAUCCAGCCAGCAUGUUGUCUGAGCACCGAAUCUACACCGACUUCCCAGCGACCACCGCCUCCACACUGGGAGCAUUUCCAUCUCAACAUGAAUGCCCAUGCAAAGUCCCCCAGCUCUGGAGUGGAAGACAUGCUUUUCUACACAAUCACAGAGGGAAAAGAGCAAAUCCCCAUUUCACACUUUAACUCAGCCCUGAAGAAAACGGGCCUUCACCCAUCAGACCCUCGUCUGAAGGACUGCAUGGAAAAGCUUCGACAGGCUGUGAAGGACUCUGUUGGUGAGGUGAUGAUGGACAGAGACCUUUUUCACAGGUGUGUUGGUGGAAACAUCGUCCUGCUGAUUCAGGCCUUCAGAAAGAAGUUUAUCAUCCCAGAGUUUGACGUGUUUGCACAAAAAAUAAAUGAGAUCUACAACACAGUGCAAAGCCAAAGUGAUGGGAAGGUUGCCGAUUACAUACCCCAGCUGGCCAAGUUUAGUCCAGAACUGUGGGGUGUGUCUUUGUGUACAGUGGACGGCCAGAGGCACUCAGUCGGCGACACCAAGCAGCCGUUCUGCCUGCAGUCCUGUGUGAAGCCUCUGCAGUACGCCAUCGCCCUUCAUGAGGCGGGAACAGAGAAGGUUCACCGUUAUGUCGGCAUGGAGCCCAGUGGUCUCAAGUUCAACAUGCUCUCGCUUGAUGAUGAAGAUAAACCUCACAACCCCAUGGUGAAUGCUGGAGCCAUAGUGAUCAGCUCUCUUAUCAAGCCUCGUGCAAAUAAGGCGGAGAAGUUCGACUAUGUUAUGGAGUUUGUGAAAAAGAUGGCAGGCCAAGAGUAUGUGGGAUUCAGCAAUGCCAUGUUCCAGUCGGAAAAAGAAACAGGCGACAGAAAUUUUGCCAUCGGAUACUACAUGAAAGAGAAGAAGUGUUUUCCUCCGGGAGCAGAUAUGAUCGAUGCGCUGGACUUCUACUUCCAGCUUUGCUCCAUCGAGGUCACCUGCGAGUCAGGCAGCGUCAUGGCUGCCACCCUGGCCAACGGAGGGAUCUGUCCAAUCACAGGCGAGCGUGUCCUGAGUGCCGAGGCCGUGCGAAACACUUUGAGUCUCAUGCACUCAUGUGGCAUGUAUGACUUCUCUGGACAGAUGGCUUUUCAAGUGGGCGUGCCGGCCAAGUCUGGGGUGUCAGGUGCCAUACUGCUGGUGAUCCCUAACGUCAUGGGAGUGAUGUGUUGGUCUCCUCCUCUGGACAGAGUUGGAAACAGUGUUCGGGGAAUACACUUCUGUCAGGAGCUGGUUUCACUCUUCAAUUUCCAUAACUAUGACAACUUGCGGCACUUUGUAAAGAAGCAGGACCCUCGCAGGCAGGAUGGAGAUGACAGGAGCAAGUCUGUUUUCAAUUUGAUGUUCGCCGCCUACAGUGGAGACGUGUCAGCCCUGAGAAGGUUUGCUCUCUCUUCCAUGGACAUGGACCUGAAAGACUAUGAUUCUCGAACAGCGCUUCAUAUCUCUGCUGCAGAGGGUCACAUAGAUGUGGUGAAGUUCCUGACUGACACAUGCAAAGUUGAUCCAUUUGUAAAAGACAGGUGGGGGAACCUCCCGGUCGAUGACGCCAUGCAGUUCGGACACGAUGAGGUGGUGAAGGUGCUGAAAGACUACCAGCAGGUCUGCAGGCAGCAGGAAACGCAGCACACUGAGGCUGAGCAUACCCCGAAGCUGGACACCAUCGAGGGCAUGGUGUGAUGUGCUGAAUUUAUAUAGAUUCCCACACACUGUCACAUGUCAGGGCAUUUGUGCAAUCGGUCAAGUUUUGAAAUAUGAAGGACCAUUUUAAAUGCAUAAAAUGAGUGCCAAACAAAGAUCAGAAUACGACCAUAUGAAUAUAAAUAAACUCUGCAAACUGCAGUAAAGAAAAAGAUACAUGAGUGAAAAAGGAAAAUGGUCGGAACAUGCAACUGGACUAGAAAAUGCAAGUCCACAAAAACAACACAGCACGCCAACAGAAUACAACAUUUGUACAACAUAGCAACAUUCUGCAAACCGAUUCAGCCUAAGUCAUAGUUCAUCAUGGACCUAGACCAGGGAAAGGCAACCUGCGGCUCCAGAGCCUCAUGUGGCCCUUUGGCUACUCUCCAGUGGCUCCUUGCUGCUCACAAAAUGUUUUAUUUAGAAAUAAAUACAUUUUGUCUACAUUUUAAUUCUCAUUUGUCAUCGUUGUAGGCCUAAAGGGAUUUGAUACACUUGAUUGAUAAUUAUACUGGCAAUGCUUCAAAUGACUUACAAUAGUAAUUUUUUUUAUUUUUCUAUUGUGCCUUGUUGAAACAUUUACAUUUGUAAAACUAUCUGAUGUAUUUGGAUUUAAACUCUCCAAUUUGACUGAUUGUAAAAGUGAGACAAGGGAAGUAAUUGUACCCAAUAAACUUGUAGAAUAUAUUGUAUAUAUUAUGUAUUUCAGCUGUAAAUAGGAGCUCUGAAUUCCUAAUAUUAUAAUACACAGUAUCACAACAUUUAUACCCAGUUUAAAUUUGCAUAAACAAGUAAUUCCAAAGAGUCAUUUAUGUGAAAUAUUCUGGCAUUGAAGACUUCCAUUAAACAUUGUAUUUAUCUGCCACCCAUAGUUUCAUUUUGUUUUGAUUUGAUUUUAUCAUGGUUGUCAACGCUUCAUGCAGCCAGCAGCUUGUUGUUAAAUAUUAAGCAGCAUCUCCUAAAAAUCAACUGAAUGUAGGA